CAAGUUUUGUCAGAAGUUAAUUAUCAAAUUCAAAUAAAUAAAAUUAUUAAAAUUCCGAUAAAAUGUCCAAAUUAUUAAGAAAGACAGGAAACAUCGCCGCAAGACAUCGUAUUCAAAUCCACAGCUGUAGAGGCAAUAGUCAAAAUCGCUCACUGUUAAAUCGGCAAUUCAAAAAGCCAUCCAUUCCCAAACGAACACACACUUGGGUUCGCCAGCUGGUUAGACUCAACUCGCCACCUAGCGAUGUGCGUUGGACCAAUGGCGUGAGACCACGAACGCGAUGGCGCGUGCUGCUCUCCACCGGGAGUCUGACAUAGUCGUUGCCGUAGCAGGAAUUGCAGUGGAUUUUUGAUUUUAAGCCAACGUACACCGAGCAACGUCAAAAACACGCAAUCUGGAUUUCACAAAGUCGUCAUGUAUCGUUGCGGGCUGCUGCUGGUCCUUCUCAAUUUCGGUCACGACGUGACUGCGUCGACGUCGAAAGGUGUCGAAAAACUCUUAGAGCUUGGCACAGAUUUCUUGUCGACUGGCAGGUAUCAGGAUGCUCUGUCGUAUUUUCACGAGGCUGCUGAACAAGAUCCUGGCAAUUAUGUGACAUUUUACAAGAGAGGAACUGUAUAUUUAGCAUUAGGGAAAGCCAAACAAGCUUUGUUAGAUUUUGAUAAGGUUUUAGAAUUUAAGCCUGAUUUCACUGCUGCUAGAAUCCAGCGCGGUACUGUUCACUUGAAACAUGGAGAUUUAGAUAAAGCAGAAUUAGAUUUUACUAAUGCUCUUAUAGUAUAUCCUGAUCAUGAAGGAGCCAUCAAUAGUAUUCAUAACACUAGGAUAGCUAGAGAUCAAAUUCAAAGUGCAGAGACAUACUUGAGGCAUGGAGAUUAUUAUUCAGCUUCACAAGUUUUAACGCAGACCAUUGAGAUUUGUUCAUGGUCAUCUUAUCUUAGAGAAUUGAGAGCCAAGUGCAGAAUACAAUUGGGUGAUUAUGCUGGCGCAGUCUCUGAUAUUAGGUCUACGACAAAAUUAACAGCUGACAAUACUAAAGGAUAUUAUGAACUCGCUAAACUGUUAUAUCAACUUGGUCAAGUUCAAGAUUCUCUCAAGGAGAUUCGAGAAUGUUUAAAACUUGAUCCAGAGCACAGGGAUUGUUUCCCAUUCUAUAAAAAAGUUAAGAAAAUAGCUAAGUUUUUAGAAGAUGCAGAAUCUGCCUCAGAGUCGAGUGAGUGGGACAGUUGUAUCGAUAAAUCGAAUCGCGUACUUAAAAAUGAACCGACGUUAGAUAACGUAAGGUUAACGGCGCUGAGAAUGUUGUGCAAAUGUUACACUUCGAAUUCCGAAGCUGACGAGGCGGUUAAGAACUGUCGCGCGGCAUUGGAUAUUCAACGGGAUCCAGAAACGUUAUGUGAUAGCGCUGAAGCGUAUCUUGCCGGUGAUAUGUUUGACGAUGCUAUUCGGGACUACAAAGAAGCCCUAGACAUUGAUUCGAACAAUCAGCGAGCAAAGCAAGGUCUUCAAAAAGCCCAACAACGUCAAAAGCAGUCAGAAUCCCGUGAUUACUACAAAAUCCUAGGGGUACCUCGCAACGCGAAGAAGCAACAAAUCAUUAAAGCAUACCGGAAAGCCGCGCAAAAGUGGCAUCCCGAUAAUUUUCCUGACGCAGAGGAGAAGAAACGCGCUGAAAAGAAAUUCAUUGAUAUCGCCGCUGCUAAAGAAGUGUUAACGGAUGAGGAAAAACGCGCGAAAUUCGACAGGGGUGAAGAUCCAUUGGAUCCUGAAAGUGGCAAACAUUCAGGUUUUAAUCCCUUCCAGGAAUUUCAUCACUUCCAACAAGGAGGCUCACCUUUCCAGUUUAAGUUUCACUUCAACUAAAGUUUGACGACGACAAUGAAUACGACAAUGACGAUGAGCUUUCACAAAUGACUGAUUGUUCCAAAGACACACUGGUGCCGAGAGACUUCCAAGUGAUUUUGUGAGUGAUUUGCGAGGCAUCGGGUAUGGGUAAAACGCGCGAAUUAGUUUUUUUCAACUUGUGUUAUUUUACAUUUGUUCUCUUUUACCGAUACCCAAUGCUGUAUUGACCCCUUGUCUCUCUUUUGCGGUUAAGAGCUGUGCGCGUGACUGUGCGUAACGUUAAUAUUUGUAAAUAAUCUUGUAAUCAAAAGUGUCCCGAUCAUUGAUUUAAGAAUAUAUACUUCAAUUAUUUAUACGUAA